AUGAAUUGGCUCAGCCUCCUCGUCCUGCUGACCGUGGCCGGGCUGGCACAUGGGACAUGGGACAACUGUGGAGGGACCUGUGGACUCCGAGCCGUGGUGUCGGACUAUGGCCUCAUGACGUACUACUACGGCAACAUGGCUUAUGAAUCCGGCAUGACACGCAUCGUGGGUGGCGCCGGUGCCCUGCCAGGGGCCUGGCCCUGGACCGUCAGCAUCCAGCACCCAUGGGUUCCAGACCCAGGGCACUGGUGUGGAGGGUCCCUCAUCAGCACACAGUGGGUCCUCACAGCAGCCCACUGCUUCGACAAGUUUGAUAACAUCAGCCUGCUGUACGUGGUGAUUGGGGCCACCCAGUUGACUCAGCCGGGCCAUGGGGCACAAAUGCGCAGUGUCAAGCAGUUGGUGAUACACCAGUACUACAACCCUGAUGACAUGAGCUAUGACAUCGCCCUGCUGCAAUUGGACCAUCCUGUCCAGUGCAGUCCCUACAUCCAGCUGGCCUGUGUGCCCGACACCACACUGAGACUGUCAGAGCUGCAAAACUGCUGGGUGGCUGGCUGGGGUGCCACUGCUGCAAGAUCUCAAGAUUCAGCUGAUCACCUCCAGGAGGCCAAGGUCCAGCUCAUCGAUCUCCAGCUCUGCAACAGCAGUGACUGGUACGGAGGGGAAAUCCACACCCACAACCUGUGUGCUGGUUACCCGCAGGGCACCAUUGACACCUGCCAGGGUGACAGCGGUGGUCCUCUCAUGUGCCAGGACAACAAUGCUGACUACUGGUGGGUUGUCGGAAUAACCAGCUGGGGGAAAGGCUGUGCCAGACCAAGGCGGCCUGGAGUCUACACCUCCACUAAGUACUUCUAUGACUGGAUCCUGGUCCACACAGGCGCAAGCACGCUUGGAAGGGGUUCUCCAGCAUCACAAACCUGGAGUCAUUUUACGACAGUUCCCCCACCAACUCUGAAACCAUGGCCAAUACGUCCCAUUCCCACACAACCCCCUACUCCUAGGCCAUGGCCAACACCCCUUCCCACUCAUAAGCCAUGGCCAACACCCCUUCCCACUCAUAAGCCAUGGCCAACACCCCUUCCCACUCAUAAGCCAUGGCCAACACCCCUUCCUACUCAUAAGCCAUGGCCAAAGCCAACACCAUCAGGUGAGGCUAGCUCCUGCCCAUUUCCACUCAACAAGCUGGUAGACUUCUUUACUAAGGUGAAGAAGCUCCUUCAUCAGGUCCUUGGAGAAAACAUAGCUUGA